UUUUAGUCUGUGUAGAUUAUAGAUAGAUCUACUAUUGUAAUCGAAAUUCACUAGAUCUGAGGUAGAAUAAGAAUAGAUCUAGAAAUCAAGUGAUAUAUUAGUAUUAGAGUGAAUCCAUUAGUUAUAGUCACAUAAUUGACAUAAUAGUGGCAACAGACAUUAAUCAGAAAGAUGUGAUUGUGUUUGACGACAAAUCGGACAAAUGCCAAUCCAAUGGAUUGAUUCGAGUUUACAAUUUUUGAGACUAUUUGACCACAUGAAGAUAGUUCUAAAUAAAAUGGCAUACCGGUAUUUUAGAUGUUAUUUGACCAAUUAGAAGUUAAUCCUUGUUAUAGUGUAAAUGGAGAUAAUAUGAAUGCCACAAUGAAAAAUGGAUCACAAUAUAUAUUACAAUGGUGGAAGACACCCGACUGGUAACCAACAGAAUCAACCACCAAAUGAAAUCUAUGAGACUACCAUGCCCCCUCUAAGUGAUGAUUAUGGACAAUUUCAAACUAGCAACAGCACGCCCAAUCUGGGUAGCAAUGUGACAGCCCACAGAAUAGUCAAUCACAGAGCUUCUACCACAGACUAUGAAAAUGCCAUGCCCCCACUAAGUGAUGAUUAUGCCCAAAUUCAAACUAGCGUUAGCACACCAAAUCUUGGUAGUAAUAUACCAGGCAACAGAAUUGUUAGUCACAGACCUUCUACCACAGGUUUCUUAUACGACAUGUACAAUCCUGGUCCACAACACUUCUAUCAUCCUGGCCUCAGACCUUCAACUGCUGAAAACACCACAGCUCCCAGAUUUCACCAAACAGAUCCCUCUGUUGCUUCUGAUAAUGUUUUCAUGUCUAAUACAGACAGUAGUAACCCAGUCAGUCCAUCCAGUUCUGGCUCUGAUUUUGUGGGGCUUUCAUCUGAUGCUAGAUUUACAACUCCAAGCUAUACUUUCUUAACAUCAACUGGAAAUGGUGUCUCUGCUGACAGUGUUUAUCAUCAUGGCACUGCACCAUUGUUUUACUUAGACUCUGCAGGAACAGGUCACAAUAGUUUAUUAACAAAUGGGACAUUUGGAUAUACUGCCAUGGAUUCUAUUCUACCUCCACCUCUCCACUGCCCUAUUAUGAUGCUAAAGACACCAGAAAUUCAACCCAGAUCAAACCCUUCUACAAAUAUUGAAUCCCCAACCCAGCACAGUGUUGUAAACCCAAAUGUUUCAACAAGCAAUAGACAACAGAAUUUCCCAGGUCAAUCAGGAAACACUCAAACAUCACCUAGCCAUCAGAUGAACACACAAAGUUAUCAGCACCCUGAAGCAAAUAUCAGGCAGGUGGAGAAAAGUAAACUUAAAUCUCUCCUUCUUUCUGGAAAUCUUGUUCAAGUGUCUGGUCCACCGAUGGCAGGAAAAUCAACAUUGGUUCGUCAGGCAGUGAAUGAAAAGAAAAUGGAGUUACAAGGAGCCAUUAUGCAGCAUCAUUUAAAUUGUAAAAAGCUGUAUUCAUUAGAAAACCUUAUGUCCACCAUAGUAGAAAAGCUGUGCCAACAAUCCGUGCCAUCGUGUCAACUGGAUGAAGAAAUGACCAUCUCUCGUAUGCACUCUCAGCUGUGCAAGCACAACAACUAUCAGCAUGUUCUUGUGUUCCACAAGUGUGAAAGCUUUAUGCUCCAGCACAACGGGCACCAGUUCUCGGACUUCCUGUCUCGGAUGGUCAUAGAAUUUAAACGACUUUCUUUGAAUGCGACUGUUAUAUUCACUACCUAUAAGAAGUUUUCCCCUAAAGGAUUUGGAAUGGAAACGUUGGAAAUAGAUACACUCUCCGAUUUCUGGGAUGUCAUAUCAAUAUUAAAUUUCUACGCCCCACACAUGGAGGUGCUAAACUAUGCCCACAUCUGCGUGAAACAUCUGUGUCUUCCAGAGGCCAUUAGGCUGGUAGCAGAGACAUUCAUUGCCAGUGAGGAUUUUAGAGUUCCUGCAGAAGAACUGGAAAAGAAAAUUUUUAAUGAUGAGGAUUUCUUGUCUUCUGUUUUUGAUUGCAGACUCAAUGAGGUUCCAGAGUGGAUACCACAGAACAUACUUAUGUCUAUUAUACAUUUUAGUCAUUCUUUAGACAGCUCUUUUACACUAGAACACCUCCAGAAAGUCAGUGCUGACAAAAACCCUUACGAAUGGCAGAAAAUUAUCCAGUAUCUCAAGAACAACUACAUCAUCAGGUGCUUACCCGGCGUGAAUCGAAUGGCCGUGCAUCCAUUGGUUGUCAACUAUUGUAAGAAUUCAGUGAGUGAUGGCAGGAUGGUGCUUAGUGGUCAUUGGUUUGACAACUCUUGCAACAGGUACACCAAUUUCCUCUGCCGAAUUCUUGUCAAUACUGAGGCCAACAUGAGGAUGCAAGGGAGAAAGGGAUUGGUUUAUGGUGGUUUAAUACAAGAGUGGCCAAAUGUGCGCUAUCUUAUUCACAGAGCCCUUCACUGCAACGAGAACACUUAUGAAGCAUUUUUAAAGGUAUCAAUAUCUGCCAAUGGUCUUAUCAUGAGGUGUUUUGCCAAAGAAGCCAAGGAAUUCUACCGCUCCCUGUUCACCAGUGCCUCCAGUUAUGGCACACCAGUGGAGCGGGCCGUCUUGGAGGCUCUGUUUGGGAAUGCGCUGAGUAUGGCAUCAGUACCAGCCAAUCCGGAUGACGAAACUCUUUGUUGUAUGGAGUAUAAUCAAGCUGACCAGCAUUUGACGUCUGCUAUCAGUAAACUCUACAGGGAAGGACCUUCUUAUUUUUUAGUCUGGGCUUUGGACAGAAAAGGCAUUGUCCUUCACAGACUAGGAAAAUAUCAAGAAUCUAUUAAGUGUUUUGGACAGGCCAGGACUCUCUUAAGUCGACUCAACAAGCAUGCUCUGGGGGAAAUGUUUCACGUCUCUGACCUGCAAGUUGAAGAGGAAAGAAUAACUCAGGAGAUUCAUCAAACAAUACCCAUAAUUUUUACAGGAAACAACCAACUGGCCAGAGAAAGGCUGAAUAAACUCCUGGAGCACAUCAACAACAGAUGUGAGAACCAUCCUGAGCUGUCCACAUUGUUGAAUCUUAUUGGACUGACUGAACAGCGAGGCAAUAAUGAUCUUGACAGUGCUAUUAAGUGGUACAGGCUGUCUUAUAAUGAGAGGAUGUAUCUGUCUAAGGUUAACCCAGAGAAUCUCUUGGUUGUUCUUAAUAAUAUCGCCAUGAUUCUUCUAGAAAAGGGUGAAUUAGAGCAGUGCAUCAAGUAUUUAACUCAAGCCCUUGACAUCAGACGUGAGUGUGGUUGGAGACAUUACCACACUGCCUUGACCUUGACACAUUUGAGUGAAGUGUACAUGAAAUGUGAUAACUUUCCCGCAGCUUACAAGAAAGCUCUGGAAGCUGAUAAAAUUCUCAAAGUGACUGCGAAAGAGCAUGACAUGAGACUGCGUGUUAAUUUCACACUUGCACACAUUCGAGUAGUGCUUAGGCAAAGAAUGGAACCCGAGUCUGCCAGGGAAGAUGCCUUGACUGAAUCUCAUCUCUGCCUUUGCCAUGAAAAUCUCAAUUUUCCAAACAUGGGCUUUCAAGAACAGUCAGAAAAUGUCCCAGAUUUUGGCGCCCUGAUGACAGAUUGCAUGGAUUACAACAGGCCGGCACCUGCUGUCAGGCCUGUCAGUGGCAAUGCUCCAGGCUAUCACCAGCAAGGAUGUCCACAAGCUUGUCCAACACAGCACAAUAUCAGGAGGGAAGGCACCCCAAUUUUCCCAACGCUGUCCAUGAGCACUGUAGAGAUUGAGCCUAGGGAUCUUAACAUGACAGCUGUUGACUUUUUGGACUAUGGCAUUACUCUCAGCCAUGACGGUGGUACACUGAGUGAUGACGGCCACAAGAACUUCCUUGCUUCUCACACUCAUGCCAUGCUGCUUAGCUGGGGAGACACUGAGAAGCUGACAGAGCAUAAAACUGCCAUAGUUCAGUAUGUGAAAGACAAUCCUACUAUUGAGACUGCUGUGUUUAAUAGCCCGGUUGCUUUACACUCGAGGUAUGAAUUUCUCAGGAACCAGGCACCUCUAUAUUACUACAUUAGGGAUACGCCAAUCGAGGGUUUGAACCUGUCCUUGUUUUUAAACAUGAUGGUGAAAUCUUGUUAUGUCUGUGCCUAUGUGAAAAAUAUCUUUACAGAGGAGAUGUGGAUGCGAGAAGCUCGGCACCUGGUGUUUGCCAGGCGUGAACGUGAAAGAUUUCUGCAAGAAAUGGAUCAGAUGCGACUCGGCCCAUUUUUCAGUGACACCUCAUACCAUGAAGUAAACUCCAACUUUACUGGUGCUGCAGAUGUUAGCUUUCUGUCACACACUGCCACCAACAGGAACAACAAGGUAGCCGAUGGGUCUCCAUGCAAUGCUGUGAUUGAACCAAAUUUCCCUGAAAUCCAGCUCAGCUCACAUACCCUACUUGACCUGAUGUACCCAGAAUCUGUCCGCAGUGAUAUUGAUAAUUAUGAGACUUAUCAGUCAGCUGAGAACAACCUAUCACAGCCAGUUGAAUCCCCAAAAAUUAUUCAAGAACAAAAGAAUCUAUUGGAGAAAUUCGCACGGCCAGGUCAAAAGAGUCAAGAUUCUCUAAUGGGCGCCAUUGGUGGAUUAAAUAUACCACACUCCAACAUUGACUUGAAUCUUGAGACAAAUGAUUCAAGACAGAAGAAAGAGCCUCUGAGGACUAAGUUCAUUUCUAAUUAUAGAGAACCUGUUGAACAAAGUGAGAAUGAGAGCGUCAUUUUCAAGAAUGAUCAUUUUGAGAAUCAAAAUAAACACUUGUUAGACCAACAUAGACAAUAUCUAGACCAACAUAGACAACAUCUAGAUCACACUGGACAGUCAGUUGGUCUACAAGGACAUUCAGAUAAUCAGCAAAGACAUUUCGUUGAUCAAAGUAGGCAUUCAAUGCUGAAAAAUUCUGUUUAUUCUGAAUCUUUCAACAAGAUUUCUUCUCCAAUGAGUCAUCAAUCAUCCUCACUGCAAAUGACAUAUUCCAGGAGUAAACCCCAAAAUAUUAUGCCUUCUCCACCAGCUGAACCUCAUCCCACUAGUUUAUCCCAAUAUUUGAAAACAGCUUGGCCCUCGGAUACUAAGAGUAACAAGUGUGAAACUGGCUCAGAGAACUUAUCCAAAGGAAAUUCUCUUUCAAAGACAACAUUCCUCGACCAGUACAUUAAAGAUAUGCUGGAUCCAAGUUUCAGCCAUCAAUCAGAAAUGGGCCCGCCAACACCCUUUUCACACUCGAAUGAUCACUUCAGUAUUACAAACAGCAAUAAAUGUUCCCUUCCAAAUGCAGUGAAAUCUGGCACAGAUGUAAGUACGCUGCUUUAUGAAUAUGGCAAAACUAGCACAUUUGAUUCACAAGAUGGCCAAAGGUCAAUGACUGAAAGUGGGUUUUCUGGUUCAGCAUUUGGCAUGAGCGAUGAUGACCUGCAUCAGAAUGCCUUAUGUGGAAAUAGCCACAACUCAUGUAGCACAAGUCCUAUCACCCAUGAAAGUGGAUAUUCAUCUCAAGGUGCAAAACCUAAAACAAACUCAAAACUGUAUGCAGGUCCAAAAAAACAAGACUGCCCUUUGAUUUCGCCACCAAAAAGGCAAUGGUCUUCUGACACUAUAUCUAGCAGGCUUCACAGAGAACCUUUGGAAGAUAGUGAAAACAUUUCGUUAGAUGCCCGAGACUUUGAUGAAGAAUCAUGGUGUGAUACUAUCAUAACUGGCCAGUGUUCUGGGGAUAAUUUUAUCACAGUUUUACCAGCUCAACCCUGUCUCAGCUCCCAAUUAAACCAGCCAGAUAGGAGUUUGUCAGCCAAAGAUUUAUUUGGGGGGGAAGGAAAACACAGCUCUGAGAGCAGCUCAUCAGAUAAAUAACUUUUUGGUGUCAGAUCUGAUGGGAAUCAGGCCAAAUUUCACAUAAACUCUAAUUUAAUAAUAUUUAUAUAGUUUAACUUACAAAUGUUUAUCACUAUGUGAAAGUUAAAAAUGAUAAUAGGCUGUUGAAAGCAUCAUUUCCUGUGCUCAUAACAAGCACCCAUCAGAGACAGGAAAAUCUUCAACAUGGCUUCAUCAUGCCUACUGCCAAAUAAUCUAAAAAGUGGCAGUAGUAAAGUUCCCUUUUCAGACCUUGCGAUCUAUAGGGCAGAUAAUGUAAAGGCCAUCUGUUUCUCCGGCCGGCGGUUAACGAGUGAAAUAAAGAGAAUCAUGCCUUAAGCAUGAAGAUAUUAAACCAUGGCAUCGCAACCUAUGCUUACUAUACUUGCAUAUCAAAUCACUGACCACUUUCUCCAUUUGGUAUUAAUUACUCAUUUAAAACCAAUACUUUCUUCUUGUAUAUGAAUAAUAGCUUCUUCCAGAUCCUACAAACUCAACUUUCUCAAAUUACAAUUCUAGUUGUCUUUAAGCACAAUUCACUUGGCGUUACAUCAUCUCUCUGCCUUAGUUUUUGAGAAUCUCCAAUAAAUUGGUUUUGGGUAGCUGCACUUAGUUGUCUUUACUGCAAAAGACUGCACUCUUAUUAUGGUAUGGACUUUUCCUACAAGUGAAUGCUGUGGCAUAUAUAUAUAUGUGUCAGACCAGACCAUCUAAUGUUUAAGAUCAGCUUUGUUAAUACUAAAUGUUUAUAUAUCACUUUAAUGCAAAUUAAGAAAUAUGGAGGAUACUAGAUUGUUACCUUGUGGAAGGAUUCAGUCAAGUUUUCUGUAAUAAAGUCCUUUAUUAGGCCUUUCAGUUGUAUGAUAACCUGAACAUUGUUUACUUACACAGCACUAAUAGACAAAUUGUUGGUCAUUAUAGUUAAAAGAAUGUCAGUAUAAAUUAAAAAAUACAGCAAAAUAUAGAUACAGGAUGGAGUUGUAAAUUGAGAAUUGUUUGGUUAAAUUUGUGAAAAUAAAAAAAAAAGUUUUAGCCUUAUUAUUCAGUCCUCUAGGAAGAAAAAAAACUUUGUUUUUUGUAGAAACAAUUUCUAGAAACACAAACGGGGAAACCCUACCAUUUGUUACAUUCAAAUGUUAACACGCGGGAAGCUAUGGUACUUUAUUUCUACUAUAAAUAUAGAGUUGUUUUUUUUUAAAAAGUGCAGGUACUCAGUAGUUGAUUGCAUUUUUAACUACUAAAAUUUAAUCAUACAUGUUAAAAUACAAGAAAAGUACUAAAUGGGCUUUGAGAGCACCAUGUGCUGGGAAUUGAGAAUAUCUUUAAAAACUUAUUAAGUGGGAUAAGAAAAAUUCACUCCAACCUCCACAAGUUUGCAUUACUACUGGCAAACAAAACAUCUACUUUAAAAGUAGUAACCAUGAAUGUGUUAAUGUUCUGUUACAGAAUAUAUAUAUACAAUAUAUUUAAUUGUAUAUUUGUUCUUCCAGAUCUAGAUAGUAUACUACUAUUAUUUUCUUGUAUUAAAAUAGUUUACAUGGCUAUGCAUAUCAUACUCAAUGUUGAGAACAAGAGCAGUGCAUGAGCAAACACUUUCCAAUUAGGCCCACUGAAAGGACAGCUAGAUCUAGGCAUGCACCUAGUGUGUUGAGUGUAUUGUUAACAUGUUCCUAGAUAUCAUGGAAUUGAAAUAAUGUAUUUAGAGGUACAUUUGUAUUUGUUCAUUAAAAUAUAGAUUUUUAUAUAGAUUUUUGUUUUGUUAUGGAACACCCUUAUUUUUGCUCUUCCAUUGGCUGGAAAUGCUACAGUGAAGUAUGUCAAGUUUUUGUGUUGUAUUUUUUUGUACCUGGUAUCAAAUUUUGGCAUUAAACACAUGAAAUUAAUUGGUUAAAUAUGUUUAGUUCUAUGUGGAGCAAUUAGUGAAGUCCAAUGGAUAGUUUUACAUAUAAAUUUUACUUUGUAAUAUACAUUUAAAAACCAAAUAAUCAUAACAAUGCUUAAUAGAAAUCCAAUGAAAAAUGGAUUGAAUGAAAAGAACCAAUACACACGUGAUUACCAAGGCAAGUUAAAUACACAAAUUAUAAUGGAAAUAAAACAGUUUGUCCUAGUGAACACAAGAAAAUACAUACCAUUAAUAAUUAAUCAAGCAAAGGGAAAGUUAUGUUUAAAAAAAAAAAAAAGAAAAAAACUAAUUUACAGUUUCAGUAAAAUUCUAUACCAUAUCAAAAGCAUAUGAACAGUGUGAAAUGAGACAAUGACAUAACAAUACCUCUAUUUGUAUUGGCUUCUGAAAUAACUUGAAUCAUUGCAGCAGAGUUCAAAUACUAAAGGCAAUUGCUCAUCCAAGCCAAGUAUGAUGUAAUGAAGUGUUAUAAAACAAAAUUCUGUGCUAAUUAAAAUAGAACCAACAACUUGGGUAAUGUGCAAGUUUUUUUGUUUUUUGAUGAAAUCUACACAAGUAACAGCACAGGACAAAGUGAGGCUAGUAGUAAAAGCUAUAUACACAACAAUUAAGGAAACUUCACUCCAUGAAAUAAAUGACCACACAAAGAGUAGGACUUUCCUACUAACUGGUCUAUAGAAUAUGGUUGCUAAAUUCAACAAGAUGUAUCUUCAACAAAACAUACAAACAUUUUAGUUGCUCAAUCUUUCAUUUGAAACUAGCACUAGCAAAAAAAAAAUGUAAACAAAAAGUUUCAGCCAAACACAUGUAUGAAAACAUUCACUCUACUGCUUUAUUGAAUUAAAAAAAUGCAAAAUAUAAAAAUAAAUAUCUGCCUAAUCCCAGCACAACAUUCUCUAGUCAAAUGAUCAAGUCUCAGAAGUUAUGAUACUUUAGUACAAAUGAUGCUCCUUACAAAAAUUUUGAUUGAAAAAUUAAAAAGAAUAAAAACAUCUCAAUAUUAAAUAAAAAAAAAAAUGACAAACAUGUUGAACUAUACAGUAACAAGUGUACAAAGUUCAUAUUUGUAUUGAUAGCAUUUGUGUGUGUGUGUAUUACAGUGAUGGCCAUGUAGGGUCUGGGCUUGCAAGUUUCUUGACCCUAAUGUAAGAAAAGAUUAAGCAAAGGAAAUGGCAAUAUACUAGUGAGUCAAGUGCAAAUAACAUUUUUCAUGAGCAAGUUAGAGAGAAACAUGACCAACUGGAAUAACAUUAAAAGACUGCAUGGUCAACUUCUAAAACUAACAUUUGAAACAGCUUAAUAGCACAACUUAGGAAGCACAUAAUACAAUAGUUUGUUUUAUUACUAAUGUCAUGUUGAAUCCAUAAACAAGUAAAUUAACUUUUUUUUAAUUCAGAAAACGUCAAGAUAUCCAAUAUGCAGUUAUGAGUAUUACAUAAGAUUUAUGCCAUGUUAUUUUUAACUGAAUUCUAUAUAUAUUAGUUCACACAAGGGUAGCUACAUUGAUGAAGUCCAUGAUGACAGACCGUUACACAAGUAUAAUAAAGCAUCAUUAGAAUAUGGGGAGGGGGGAGAAAAAACAAGGCUUUGUGCAGUUAGGACAUAGUACCAAGUACACUAACCAUUAAAAUGUUGGGAAAACCAAUCAAGAAAAUAAACAAACUACAUGUUCGCAGUUAACAAUAUGAUCACAGCUCUUUAACAUCUUGCAUGUUAAAAAAAAUGUAACAUUACUAGAAACCAUAAUAGAAGCAAUUACUUUCAUGUUCAAUAGUUAAAAGAACUUGAGACAUUUGUUGGAGAAUACAACACAAUAUUCAUAGUAAGCAUGUCAAUAAAUAAAAAUAACUACAGUAUGAAAAAUUAACAAGGAAUGCUUCCAAUUUGAAUUUUGCAAAAUGGCACAAAGAAUAGUGCAAAUAUCAUUAUACCAUGCCAAAUGCAUCAAUUGAACAUAAUGUUGUACCUAAGCAUCUCAGAAGGAAGCCUGUUUAUCAAUGACAUAACUAUUUUUAGAACAGAAAAAUCACAAAACAACAGUUGAUAAUAGUAAAAUUGUUCUUUUUAAGGAAUGGAUGGUAACUAUAUACUUGACUAGCUUCAGCCAUAACAAUGUUUAAAACCUUUUGCAUUUAUCAAAGGUCUUGAAAUUUGUAUUCACUCAAUAUAAUCUUACAAAUAACUGCUUAUUAUACUAAGUAUAUCAAAUGAUAGUCCUCUUAAAACAAAAGAGAGGUCAUAGUUUACAGAGAACAUGCAUUUAGAAUCUCACCAAUAACUUGUUUAAAAGACAAAGACAUGAAAAACAAAAAAAUGGUAACUAGUGAUGUUAUCAAAUCAUUGAAAGAAACAUAACACAAGUUAAUAUACAACAGAAAGCAAUGAUUCAAAAUAACAUUAGUAAGGACAUGAGUUUCCACUUCAUCAGAUAAACAUACUAUAUAAAAGUCUACCCAAUUUCAAUUAUUUUGACAUGAAAAUUCAGGCAGCAAAAUAUGCAUGGCAUAUCUUAUUUAAUUUUAAAAUUAAGCAAAAAAAAAAUGGAGCAUCAUUGUUUUAAACAAAAUAUAUAACUUUGGCAUCUAAUUUGUAUCAUGCAAUUAAUUUUAUGCAAUUACAUCAAUUAUAGACAUCCUAUUUGCAGAUAGACAAAACAAAAAAAAUUAAAACGAUAUGUUCUACUAGUUUUCAUUUUAAAUUUUAAGUUAAAAAAUUGAAAACAAAAUGAGCGUCAUAAAAAUUCAGAUCAUCAUCAUCGUCAACAAGUUAAAAGGCAUUUGAAAUCAUGAUCAUGUAUGUAAUACUGUAGUGUUUCAUUUUGCCAUCACUAAAAAUAAUAAUUCUAUGGAAACAAGAUUGUACUUGUGAAAUGGUAUGAACAUUAGCAUACAUUAUCUAUUAUAAUUGGAGGGAAAGACUUUUCCUUAUGUACAAAAUACAAGCAUCGAAACAUUAGCUAGUAGAAUAUUUAUCUCUAACAUUUUUAAUUUUGCAUUUUAAACAAAAACAGUAAAUAAAAAGUUAUUGGAAAAUUCAUUGGUAAUAUCAAUAGCAAUAAUCAUUUUUAUUUAUUAAUAAAUGACCAAAUAUUUGUUUAAAAAAAGUAUAAAAAUGAAAGCAGAAAUAAAACUAAUAUUUUUCUUAAUAGGAUAAAUUUCUAACCACAUACACACUUCAUUCAUUCAAACAAACUGAUUUUCAUGACACACUCACAGUUGAUUCAGCAACCUUUGAGGGAGAAGGGUGAAUAGAUCAUCAAGACAAUACCAACAAGAUAACAAGAAAAGACAAAAUCCAUGCCAAGUGAUUAUAAAAGUGUAUACAAGACAUUACAAAGCUAAUUACAAAUCUGUUCUAAGCCAUUACCACAAUCUGUUUCUUGAUACAUCAGUAAAACCAAUACCACACCAAAGAGUAAAACACUUCUCUGCUAGUUAGUUAAAAAUUCUAGUCUAAUUGUUGAAAAGUGCACAUCCCACAAGUGAAUUUCGGAAUGUGGUGCAUUUACGUCUGGGUGCUGAAGCACAAUUCUUUGUCCCUUAGUUCACGGGGACAUUUCAAUUAAGUUCAAAGAUAUACACUGUGCCUAGAGAGCACCUUGAGAGAUCCAAUCUAAUUGUGAUCUUUGGAGUUCUUUUUGGAAAGAUCAAAUAAAUAAUGCAUUUUUUGGGGGAAUCGCUUCAUAACUUGAAAACUAUUACUGGAUAUCUGAAGGUUCUACCCAAGCACAAUGCAACAUCAAUGAAAUGACACCAGUUAGAUAUGGGGCAAAGCUUGAUUAGAUAAAAUCAAAUGUAAAAACUAUACAGCUGCCAUUCUUAAAUCAACUCUGAUCUUACUAGUUGGUACAAAGUUCAAAAUAAAAAAAAAUACCAAUAUUGAAGCACAAUAAUUGUUCUAUUCAAAACAGCAAAAUAAUGCAUGAUUUCUACUUUUUGUUUUAAAUUUCAAAUCAAACUUGUCUUAAUGAAAAGGGCAUUAGAUAAAAAUUAAAUCUGCAUGAAAGUCAUAAAUUAUGUGUCACCCGUAAGAACAUUAAAAUAGAACAUUAGUAGUCAAAACAAAAAUACUGGCAUUUAUUUCAUUAUCAUUCUGAAAUUUUAGAGCAAUUAUAGUUUAACUUGUUCAAACAUUUCAAUGUCAAUGCAGAUAAAAUAUAAGAGGAGCACAUUCCAAAAUAAAAAUACUAUGUGACAUUUACUCCAGAGUGAUUUAAUAAUGGCAUUACUAUACAAUUAAACAAAAAAUAUUACAGAUAUUUAAUCAUCACCAAAAUGAAUGUAAUAUAUAAUGUAUAUUAACGAUUAAAUAUUGCAAACACCAGCAAAUACAACACAAAAUGCACAAGUCUUAAAGUAUAGGAAAAGAAAAAAAAAAGGAUGUUCCCAUUAAAAUAAAAUAAAAAAUUGAGGACAAUUUUUCUCCAAGGUCAACAUCCAAAAAAAAAAUUAUAAAACUAAAA